GACUGCACUCACAGUUACUUCCGGUUGUCUAGGCUCCGCGUUAGGUCGUGGCACAGGCCGUGAUCGUGACUUUAGAGUGGCUGAUGAAAUACUUUUAUUAAUUUUUAUCUGGACACAGUAGGGGAAAAAAAUUGUCGCUCCAAAGUUUACCGAAAUUACACGACAAAAUGAAGUUAUACACUGACUUUGGGAACUUUCAAACACUGAAAGUUUUGUCAGCUGUGAAAAUAGCCGGCAUUGCCAUAGAGAAGACGGAUGUCGAUCACGGAGCUCAAGUUGUGCCUUAUCUGAAGAAAAGCAGACUUCCAGUGCUAGAGGUUUCCCCCAAUAAAUUCUUGUUUUCAGCAAAUUCUAUUGUCAGCUACUUGUUUUCAAGUCAACAGCAGCAGACACUUGGUGACGAAGAACAACAGUGGCUUGAAUGGGAAAGUGUUGUAUUACAGCCUGUGGCACUUCCAUAUUUAACCAGUGCUUUGGGACAUGAAAAACCAGAGAAAGACCUGCUUAAGAGUUUCCCCCCACUUUUACAGGAACUUGACAAUGGGUUAAGAGAUCGUCAAUAUCUUGUUGGUGAGAAACCUUCAGCUGCUGAUGUUGUUUUGUUUGGGACAGUCUUUCCUUUACUUCAGGAUAAACUCUUUAAUGACAUUUUGCAUCAGUUCCCAGCAGUCAGGACAUGGAUAAAUACUAUACAGUCCCAGAAAGCUGUUCAGGAAGCCAUCAAUGAAGUGACACGAGGAACAGGGGCCAAAGCUUUCAAGCAAUCCCUUCUGACACAGCCAGUGCCAUCAGUUCCAGUUUCAGCAGUCGCAAACGUCCCAGUUCCUAUAAGCAAAAAGCAGACCACAAACGCCAACAACAUUCCACAAUUUUCAGCUUCUGAUGUGCCGGAAGUGGAGAAAGUUUCUGCACAUGAGGCAGAGGCGGCUUUCACUGCAUGGGCAGCAGACAGCAAACACUUUCCAUGUCCUUUACCUCGAAAACACCCUAUAUUGCCAGUUGAUGGGGGAAGAAAUAUUCUUAUAACAAGUGCACUGCCCUAUGUCAACAAUGUACCUCAUCUUGGCAACAUCAUUGGCUGUGUCCUCUCUGCUGAUGCUUUUUCUAGGUUUUGCAGACUACGAAACUACAAUGUACUGUACAUUUGUGGAACUGAUGAAUAUGGCACUGCCACAGAGACCAAAGCUUUAGAGGAAGGCCUCACACCACAAGAGAUAUGUGACAAGUACAACAAGCUGCAUACAGAGAUUUACCAGUGGUUCAACAUUGAUUUUGACUACUUUGGUCGAACUACAACAGUACAGCAGACAGAGAUUGCACAAGACAUUUUCUGGCGCCUCCAUGAGAGAGGAUUUAUACUAAGCGACAGCAUAGAACAACUCCACUGCUCCCACUGUGACAAAUUUCUUGCAGACAGAUAUGUUGAAGGGACGUGUCCUUUAUGUGGCUUUGAUGACGCUCGUGGUGAUCAGUGUGACGGCUGUGGCCGACUCAUCAAUGCAACAGAAUUGAAAAACCCUAGAUGCAAACUGUGUCAGAAAAAGCCAUCACCACGUGUUUCACAGCAUCUGUUCCUUGACCUUCCUCAGCUUGAGCCUCAACUGAAGUCUCAUUUGGACAAAGUCUUUUCUUCCGGCACUUGGACAACCAACUCGCGCACCAUCACCUCUUCAUGGAUAAGAGAUGGUCUCAAGCCUCGGUGUAUUAGCCGUGACUUGAAAUGGGGUACUCCUGUGCCACUCGAAGGAUACACUGACAAGGUGUUCUAUGUCUGGUUUGAUGCACCUAUUGGCUAUCUUUCCAUUACUGCAAACUACACUGACCACUGGAAGAAAUGGUGGAAAAAUCCAGAAAAGGUGGAGCUGUACAACUUUCUUGGAAAGGACAAUGUUCCAUUCCACAGCGUGAUUUUCCCGUCAUGCCUAUUGGGAGCAGAUGACAACUACACUGUUGUCAACCACAUGGUUGCAACAGAGUAUCUGAACUAUGAGGAUACCAAGUUCUCCAAGAGCAGGGGCACCGGUGUGUUUGGGGAUCAGGCCAAAGAUACAGGCAUACCUGCUGAUAUCUAUCGCUUUUAUUUGCUGUACGUGAGACCAGAAUCGCAGGAUUCAAGCUUUAGCUGGGAUGAUCUUCUUCUUAAAAACAACAGUGAGCUUCUCAAUAACUUGGGCAAUUUUAUCAACAGAGCCUUAAUGUUCCUGUCAAACAACUUUGGGGGUGUGGUGCAAGAAAUGAUCAUAGAAGAUGAGGACAAGCAACUUCUGGCACUGAUAAACAGAGAACUUGCUACAUACAUCACCAACAUGGAUCAUGGAAGACUGCGCGAUGGCAUUCGCAAUAUCUUGACGAUAUCCCGUCUUGGUAACCAGUAUAUGCAGAGCAACAAGCCCUGGGUGCAUGUCAAGGGAUCAGCAGAGGAAAAAAAGCGAGCCGGAACCGUGGUGAGUCUGUCGGCCAAUGUGGCUAGUCUGCUGUCAGUCUUGCUGAUACCUUAUAUGCCAGACACCAGCGCCACCAUCCAGAAACAGCUGAAUUAUCCUCCAGAUGCCAUCAUUAUAUCCGACACCUUCCUGUGUCGUCUUCCACCGGGUCAUGCCCUAGGCAAGCCUAGCCCACUGUUCCAAAAGAUUGAGGCCUCCACUAUUGCAGAACUAAAGACAAAGUUUGCAGGCAAGCCGUCACCACCUAAUCCUGCCACACCAUCUGCUAAGGUACAAACACCUGCAGUACCUAACGGCCCUAUACCAGCAGGUAAGGGAGAUGCAAAAUCUGCUUCUGACCCUGCAGAAGUGUCUCGCUUGACCCAAGAAGUCUCUAACCAGGGUAAUCGUGUACGUGAAAUGAAAGCUGCGAAAGCAGAUAAAAAGGACAUUGAGACUGAAGUAGCUAAGCUGUUGGAACUCAAGAGAAUUUUGGCCUUGGCCCAAGGAGAUGAUACGUCUAGUUCUGCAACAGGUGUCAGCAAGAAAAAGGGAAAGAAAAAGUGAAGAUAGAUGAGGAAAGACAAAGAGACUAUGGCCAUAUUUUGUCCUUGUCUAGACUGUUCCUUUUUGCUCAACAAUAAGGAGAAAAGAAGAUCUGUGAAGCUGAAUUCAAUGCUCGGCUGUAUUUUAUGAAAUAAUCUGAGUAUUUUAGCUCAUGUGUUGACUGUCUCCAUUCAUUGUGGAUAGGGCUAACUUUGCUGCUUUGAUGGCAUCUUCCCGUGUUUCUAUUGAAGAAAGCAGUUUUGGGAAUUGGAGACAUCUAAAGGACAUGUUCAGUUCUGAUAAAUGUUGGAUAUUAGUAGGCAGUUUGCAGUUUAUAGUGGGAAGUUUUUUUUAAAAUUUUGUACAUUGUCCAGAUCAGUUGAACUGUGGUAGAUGUCUGCUCAGACAUGAUUGUACACUGACUAGACUUCAUUGAAAAGUUUUGCAUUAAGUUAUUUUUUGAUCCAUUUUAUCCUUCACUUUAGUUGUUAGAAAUAAUAAGUUUAGAAGUGAAUAUGACACACAGCUCUGUUUUAUUUUAUAGUUUGUCUCUGAGAUUAACAAAACCAUUUUAUGAAUGUUUCAUUGUAUCAUCAAAGCACAGUAUAAACUUGCUGCAGUAGCUUAUGUUCAUAACAAAAACAUCAUUGCUAAAGCCAAGCGACAGUAUUUAAAAGUCAUGCAGGCAGUAGUUUUACAGGAAAAGGGAGAGCAGACUGUUAUUCUUGAGUAUCAGCCUGGCAUGUUUCAAAGAUCUUAACUUAACCUAAAUAUGAAAGAGGUCUGCUUGCAAAUUCCAUGCAUAAGAAACUAGCCGAAAAUACUUCAAUGUAUUUGUGGAGUGAGGAGAUCCUAAAAUGGAUAUUAGAGCAUGAACUUAGUGUGUUCAGAGUUCAUGGCAGUGUUGCUGAAUCACUGUGUGUAACCGAUUCAUUCCCUUUACAGUGAAAUGGCUGAUAUGGUUUUUUUAUAAGCACACUUUAUAAACAAAGACUUGUGACCUAUAUGGAGUAAUAUGUAUAAUUAUUGCUAUGUUUAAUUUAUGUUUAAACACUUUUAAUUGUCAGUGUUUAUUGCUAGUGUUUAUUAUUGUCAUACUGUGCAUCUAUCAACUCAGCUUGCUGUUGUUCAACUAGAUUUUUAUAACUUAUUUUGCCAAGUAAACCGAGAGAAGUAACUUAAACCAUAAGUAAUGAAACCUGUGACUUGGAGAAGAAUAAAUGUGGCUGCUUAAUC